CGUGCGUCUCUGUGCGUCAGUGAGCCUGCGCGGCUCGAUGAGCGACAGCAGGAGGAGGAAGACGCACAGACAGUUAUCGUGGCUCCGGGUCGGCACGGAUGGCACUGAGAUCCCGCUGAGCGCCAGCGGCAGACGGAACAAGUGGCGAGCCGGGGGGUGGGUGGGGGGUCUGUGCGUCAAACUCAAAGAAGUCGGGAUGGACGGGAAGGGAACGCUGAAGAUGUUCAGGAAGAAACGGGAACUCAUUAAGACUCCGUCCAUCUCAAAGAAGAGCCGAGCAGGAAGCCCCGGUCCUCAGAGCGGCGCCCAGUCUCUUUCCAUUCUCCAGGAGCAGCCUCGGAAAGAUGCGGCCGAUGCCUCCCUGUCCUCCUCGCCCUCCUCUUCCACCACCUCCUCCACUCUCACCCCCACCUCAGCGGGGCUCCAGGAUUCCUCCCUGUCAUGCCCGGGAACCCCGAGCCCCCAGCACGCCAAGCUGGCCGCCAUGCAGGCGAUGGGCUGUCCGUCCCCCGGGCAAACCCUGAAGAGGCCGACGGCUCUGACCCGACACGCCAGCGCUGCAGGUUUCCCAGUUCCAUCGUGGGUACACACUAAAGGUCAGGGGAAAGGAGCCUCGAGUCCGUCCCCUCAGUCAGAGGUACCGGAGAGCACCGUGAUUGAGGUGGAGGACAUCCCGGCCUUGCUGAGGGAUGUGGCGCGGUUCGCUGAGGCUGUGGAGAAGCUGAAGGAUGUUGUGCUGGCUGAGGGUAAGGAGAGCCAGCGGCCUGUGGCACACGAGUGUUUGGGAGAGGUUCUGCGAAACCUACGGCAGGUCAUCAACACGUACCCACUACUGAACACUGUGGAGAUCCUCACUGCUGCUGGGAAGCUCAUCUCCAAGGUUAAAGGUUUUCACUAUGAGGCGCCCAAUGAGACGGACAAGAAAGAAUUUGAGAAGGCCAUUGAGACUAUUGCAGUCGCCUUUAGUGGCAAUGUGUCUGAGCUGCUGAUGGGAGAGGUGGACAGCAGCACGCUGCUCUCCCUGCUGCCCACGGAGAAAAGCAGGUCGAUGGAGAACCUGUAUGCUGCUGGAGGCCAGGGAGUUGAAGGUCACUUUAGGAGCGACCUGCAGGACAGCGGCAGAGUUGAGGAAGUGGAUGUGAUUCUCCAGCGCAGUGAGGGAGGGGUGGACUCGGCUCUGCUCUAUGCCAAAACCAUUUCCAAGUACAUGAAGGACCUGAUAAGUUAUGUGGAAAGGAGAACCUCAUUGGAGGCAGACUUCGCCAAAAGCCUCCAGAAAAUAUACCAGUCCUGCAAACACAGCAUAACACACCCCCACAUGCCCCUGUUCUCCAUCUACUCUCUGGCCCUGGAGCAGGACCAUGAACAGAGCGUAGGGCUUCAGAACGCCAACAUGACUCUGCACGAUCAGACUUUCGUUCAGCCUCUGAUGCAGCGCAAGCAGGAGCACGAGAAGAAGAGGAAGGAAAUCAAAGAAAACUGGAUACGAGCCAAGAGAAAACUGCUUGAAUGUGAGGCAAACCUGCGAAGAGCCAAGCAAGCUUACAUUGGCCGCUACGAGGAGUACGAGAAGGCCAAAACAGCAGCCUGUAAAGCUGAGGAGGAGGGAGGAGGAUCCACUGCAAAGUCUGUGGAGAAGAAGAAGCGCGCUGAGGAAGAGGCUCGUAACAAGGCUGUGGAGGCGGAGGCCACCUACAGAACAUGCAUAGCAGACGCCACCACUCAGCAGCUGGAGCUGGAACACACAAAGGUGACGGUGCUGCGGCAGCUUCAGGACGUCAUCAAACAGAGCGACCAGACGCUCCGCUCGGCCACCAUAUCCUACUACCAGCUAAUGCACAUGCAGACGGUGGCGUUGCCCGUCCACUACCAGACUCUCUGCGAGAGCAGUAAGCUCUACGACCCUGGCCAACAAUACGCAGCACAUGUGCGAGACCUGCAGCUCCCUGAGCAGCCUGUAGUCCACUACUCAUUUGAGACGUACUCCCCAUCCAACUCUUCAAGCCAUGGCCACAGACCAAGAAACGACAGUUUCAACACCGAUUCGCAUUCGACUCAAAGCGAAGUUAUUUCCAUCAAUGUGGAUCCCACUGCUGGAGAGACGGAGGCUCAACGCAAAAGACAAGGCCACAAAUCCUGGGGUUCCACCGUGAGCAACGACAGUGUGGGAGACGCGGUGCUGGAUUCUCCGACCGCCAGCACCAGUGACAUUUCCAAAAUGGCUCGAACGUCGUCGACAGGAACGAUGUCAUCGGAUGAGGAGGCUGAUGAGAAAGAUGGAAACGUUUCAUCAUUUGAAACCCCAAAUAUUAAUGGCAUGGAUCCAGAGGUGGCGGUCUCCACCAGACCGUUCCGGAACAUCGGCUUGUCUAAAGCGGCCCAAACCCACAAACUAAAGAAGCUUCGGACUCCGUCCAAGUGUCGGGAAUGUGACAGCUACGUUUAUUUCCAGGGGGCCGAGUGCGAAGAAUGUUUCCUGGCAUGUCAUAAGCGCUGCCUGGAGACCCUCGCCAUCCAGUGUGGCCAUAAGAAGCUGCAGGGCCGCCUACAGCUGUUCGGCAGGGAUUUCACCCAGGUAGCGAGCUGCGCCAGCGAUGGAAUCCCCUUCAUCAUCACAAAGUGCAUCUCUGAGAUAGAGAGACGUGCACUGAAGAUGAAGGGCAUCUAUAGGGUGAAUGGCGUGAAAACACGCGUGGAGAAACUCUGUCAGGCCUUUGAGAACGGCAAGGAGCUGGUGGAGCUGUCUCAGUGUUCACCGCAUGACAUCAGCAACGUCCUCAAGCUUUACCUCAGACAGCUGCCGGAGCCCAUCAUGCCUUUCCGUCUCUACAACACACUUAUGGGUCUGGCCAAGGAAAGUCUGCAGAGCGAAGGAGACACGCCUGAGGGAGAGGAGGCGGAGUCCAGCGGCCCCACCCCAGCCGUGGUCAGGGGGCCCGAGCUGGUGGACCUGGGGCCCAGCACAGACCCAGAAAUCCUUGUCUUGGUGGACAGCCUGAGGGAUCUUGUGAAGGAACUGCCCAAACCUAACUUUGCUACGUUGCGGUACAUCAUCCGCCAUCUUCGAAGGAUUGCAGAGCUGGAGGAGGAUAACAAGAUGAGUCCCAGUAACUUGGGUAUUGUGUUUGGGCCCUCCCUGAUGCGACCUCGUCCAACCGGGGCCACGAUAUCCCUGUCCUCCCUGGUAGAUUAUCCACACCAGGCCCGCAUCGUGGAGGCCCUCGUUGUGUUCUAUUCUUCCAUUUUCCAGAUGAAAACUUCACAGACCAACAAAGAAACCCCCUCCACAUCCAGCUCUAUGCAGCAGGAAAAUGUUUCCAAUGAAAAGACGGGAAGCCCCGGAGACGGAGAGGAGACCGAAUGCAAAGAGGAGCAGAACAAACCGGACUCUGACAAGCAGGAGGAAGGCUGUGGAAGUUCUUUGGGAUCUCUGGGCUCCAGCGAGCAGCUCCCCGACUCCGACUCAGAGCUGGACGAGAGCAGCCGCAGAUCCAGCAGGCUGGUGAAGCAGGAGAGCGAGCUCAGCAUGGACGACGACCAGCUGAGUAACAGGGACAGCAUGGACCUGUCCGGUCACUCUGCCGCCCACACCGACCCGGAGCAGGAGGCAGAACAGGACCAGGACACCUCUGAGGGAGGAGACCCCCCCGAUCUGCCGGACAGCAGGCCUCCAGAUGACGAGGGGGACGUAGCGGAGCAGGAAGUGACGACCUCACUGGCCGAGCUAAAUGUGAACCAGUCCAACAACAACCAGCCUGGCUCUCCUGCAGCGAGGGUCCCACUGGCCCGUCUGUGUGGGAAGAAUCUGCCCCUGACCAGAAGCCGAGACACGGAGCCCGAGUUUGUCUGAUCUCAGGAUUUUAAGUUAAAUCAGCAGAAUGUGGAGUUACAAAUAAAUAAAUGAGGUUUUAUUCAUUAAAGUCAAGAACUGAGUUUUUAAUCUGCUUAUAUAUUGAGGUCAUGAUCCUGCAUAGAAACGUCUCUACGCUUUCUGGUUAAUUCACUUUGACUAUACUUGUACUUAUUUUCAGUUUUUACUUGGAUCAAAGUGUAUAAAGUCCAAACAUUUCAAGCAGUUUGCUUUUUAAAGAGCUGUGAAAUUUUAAACUUAAGCAGUUUCUUAUGAAUGUUUCCUGUCUCAACUGUCAUGUCUGACCUAUUUUAAUAAAGAUUGAUUUUAUC